GGUGAGGCCGCGGGGGGCGGGGCCGGGCAAGGGAGGAACAAAGAUGGCGGCGGGUGCGGCGGGAGUUGUUGCCAUGGCGGCCCGCGGGAGGGCCCCCGCCGACGGGACGCUGUGUCCGGCCGCCGGGCGCGGGGGGCUGUGAGCAGGCCCCGCCAUGCCCCAGGCCUCGGAGCACCGCCUGGGCCGCGCCAGGGACGCCGCCGCGGGCACCACCGUGGUGACGGCGCAGCCCCGGGCGGGGGGUGCCCGCCUGCCCAGCGGUGGGCACCGGGCGCUGAGCCAGGAGCGCCAUGCGGCCCCCAACGGGCUGUCCCCGGCCCCCAAACUGCGCCUGCUGCCCCCCCGGCCGCCCCCGCCGCCGCCCCCCGAAGAACCCCCUCCCCGCGGGCCCAAGAAGCUGGAUCCGGAGCGGGGCCGGGCGGCCAAACGCGGGGCGGGGGGCCGCCGGGGCCCCGUGAAGGGCGACCACGGCGUGAGGGUGCCCGGGGGGGCCCCGGCGGUGCCCGGCAGCGCCUCCUUCUCGCUGCCCAGCGCGGCCGAGCGGCGCCGGAGCAACUUGGCCCGCUCCAAGUCCAUCAGCAUCGGCGACCUGAGCCAGGGCGGCGGCGGCGGUGGUGGCGUCACCGCCGUUGGUGGCACCGGUGGCACCCGCGCCGAGGACGUGGCGGUGGCGCUGAGCCGGCUGGUGCUGCGGGACUGCGGGCACCCCCUGGGCGCGCUGGCGCUGCGCAGGAGCUCCUCGCUCCGCAGGGUCGCCGUGGCUCCCCCCGGGCAGGACGGGAAGGCCGCGGGGGUCUCGUCCCCGGUGGCGCCGGUGCCGCCGCCGCUGCUGCUGUCGGUGCGGCCCCCCGAGGGCGGCCCCCGGCCCCGCCCGGACCCCGCCCCGUACGGCCCCGGCAGCCCCGGCGGCGGCAGGAGCGAGGACAAGGCGGCUGCUACCCACCACUCGCUGCUGCUGGGCUCGGGCCACGUGGGCCUCAGGAAUUUGGGCAACACGUGCUUCAUGAACGCGGUGCUGCAGUGCCUGAGCAGCACCAAACCCCUGCGGGACUAUUGCCUGCGCCGGGACUUCCAGCAGGAGCAGCCCCCUGGCCCCAGGGCCCCCCAGGAGCUCACAGAAGCCUUCGCCGACGUCAUCGCGGCGCUCUGGCACCCGGACUCCUCGGAGCCCGUCAACCCCGGGCGCUUCAAGGCCGUGUUCCAAAAAUACGUCCCCUCCUUCACGGGCUACAGCCAGCAGGACGCGCAGGAAUUCCUCAAGUUCUUCAUGGACCGGCUGCACGUGGAGAUCAACCGCAAGGGCCGGCGGACCCCCAGCAUCCUGUCGGACACACGGAGAGCCCCCGCCCUGGAGGACCCCGAAACGCUCAGCGACGACGAACGCGCCAACCAGAUGUGGAAGCGCUACCUGGAGAGGGAGGACAGCAAGGUCGUGGACCUCUUUGUGGGGCAGCUGAAGAGCUGCCUCAAGUGCCAGGCCUGCGGGUACCGCUCCACCACCUUCGAGGUCUUCUGCGACCUGUCACUGCCCAUCCCAAAGAAAAGCUUUGCUGGGGGGAAGGUCUCUCUCCACGACUGCUUCAGCCUCUUCACCAAGGAGGAGGAGCUGGACUCGGAGAACGCCCCGGUGUGUGACAAGUGCCGGCAGCGCACGCGGAGCACCAAGAAGUUGACGAUCCAGCGCUUCCCCCGGAUCCUGGUGCUCCACCUGAACCGGUUCUCCACCACCCGCUACUCCAUCAAGAAAUGCUCCGUGUUCGUGGAUUUCCCGCUGCAGCAGCUCAACCUGCGGGAAUUCGCCAGCGAGAAGGCGGGCAGCCCCGUGUACAGCCUGUACGCCCUGUGCAACCACUCGGGCAGCGUCCACUACGGGCACUACACGGCCUUCUGCCGCGACCCCGCGGGCUGGCGCGUCUACAACGACUCCCGCGUGUCCCCCAUCAGCGAGAACCAGGUGCCGUCCAGCGAGGGCUACGUGCUGUUCUACGAGCUGGAGGAGCCCCCCGGCCGCAGACCCUGAGCCCCCCGGGACCCCCGCGCUGGGAGGGGGUGGGGGGGGUGGGGUGUGACUCCCCUCCUGCCCCCCCCCACCUCCUCCGGACCCCCGGUCCCCGUGGCAGGGGGGGGGCGCGGGGGGCGGUUCGGCCGCGGCCCGCGCGGCCCCGGGGGGUUUUGUGAAUAAAUUUACUAAAAAAAGCCGAAAA